AUGCAGAGACAAAGACUCACCAAAAGGCCAAAGCUUCGAUGGGAUACAUCGAUGCGCCAAACUCUUUGCUGUCUUUACCGUUUUUUCCAGUGUGGCAAGAGACAGAAAGAAGAGAUAUUCUUCGCUAUAUUUCGCGAGAAUUUGAGACGACGUGACAUCCGGACUUUUGUUCCCUUCGGGACACUUCACACACAGUGGUCAUGGAUGCGAAACACUGGCGAUCUUGUUUGGGCCCGUGUGCAUAAGGACACCGAGUUUGAUGUGGAUGGCGAGUGGAAGAACAUUAUCCAACGAAUCAAGUCCACGGCAGUGACUCUGCGCCUUUCCCUUCACGAGAAAACGGAAGAUGAUAUUGACACGACUCUCUGGGGGACGCGAGUGAUAGCUUCGGGACCGAGACGAUUGUCUUCGGCAUCGAGCAUUGUGCUCACAACUGUCCAUAAGAACGUUCCAUCUACAAGAACACUGCUGCCGACCUCUUCGCCAGAAACACCUCGCCGAAUGCCAUUUCCACCCUACUCCCCAGAAGAGCAACAGGAAAGGAGCCGUUACUUUGUCGGAAGUGAUAACCGGAGUGGUGGAAGCAGCACAGUCGAUGACCGUGACAAUCACGAACAAACCCACCACCUGUCAGUUGUGACUAGUCAUGGGAAGAUUUGCCUCUGGUGUGAGUAUGGAACGACCAUCGAUGAACCAGAUAGUUACGAUGACCAAAGCCGCCACAGCCAGUAUGAAAGAGAUGGGAAUAAUGACCAAAGCCAAGAGCCUCGAGAUCAGCAUCAAGAACGACAAGAUUUGGAUCAAGAGCAACAUGACGAAGCCCAGCAAUCUCCCCAUAGAACAGGCCAUUCAUACGACCAUGAACAGGCUAUGCAAGGAGUUUCGGCCGACAUGAUGCCACCUUUGUUGUAUCGGUGGUCAAAUUGCGAUUCACAGGGAAUCAACUCGAAAACAUGUUUUCGAGCUGCGCUUUUCUGCAAUGGUGAAUGGUUCAACCCGGAAGAUUUCUCUGAAACUCGAUUCCUCAACUUCUUUCGAAGCCAUGUCACCAAGCAAAAGACUAAGACGCCUUUCAUUUCCACCUUCCUUUCUCCUUUGGCACCUAUCCACCGCGCUCUUGCCAGCCAAAAGGGCGCCAUAGUGACCGUCAUUGACACCUCAAAACUGAACACAAAAGUGUUCUAUGCUUGUCCCCUGGCAGUUCGGACUAGGUCUUUGGUCCACAUGUGGAAGGGUUAUGGGGAGUAUCUCAUAUGGGGCCAUAUCCCAACCGAAGCAAUUGUUUCCACAUUAGAGAUUGCUAGAUUGGAGGAAAUCGCAAAUUCUCACCGUGAUAUCAAUCGCCUGAUGCAAAUUUCACUUAUUAGCAGUUUGAAAUAUUGCGAUAACCACCUGCGUGACAUGCUGGCAUCAAAAACGAAGUCACCAUUCAAGUCAGGCCGUACGCUUGGCAAACUGUUGACGCUUCUUCAAGUUCCAAUGGUUCAUUGGGAUAAUAUAGCACCUAGGUUUGCCAAGACAUGGGGUUGGAAGUCUAAGAAAGAAGUGGUCCAAUUUUGCAACGGCGUGAAAAGCCCACAGCCAUACUUGUCUGAGGAAUUGUCAGAUUCCGAAAGUGAGGUUAUAUUGCCGACGCCCCAACAAACACCCGGGAAUCCAUCUUCAAAGGAGAUCUGCUCAUUUGACUCACUUUCAGACCUCGAUUAUGAGCCACCAGAAACAGACGAAGAUACGGAAGGAACGUCGGACACAGAUGGCCCGACAGACUCUCGAUCCAUAUCGAUGUAUGACAAGACCGAGACAGCAGAUGAUGGGAACUUCUCAACCCAUGAGACUUUAUCUAGUGGGCUUUGCCCCGCGGAUUACGGCCUCGAUCAUUCCUCGAAGCGAUUACGUACCGAAGAGGUGGUCGAUUUAACCUCCGACAACGAGGAUACUUGUUCUCAGCGUGCAUUGAAGCGCGACUGGCCAUCGGAUGAUGAGAUCUAUCCCGAUACACCCACUCCAAUAGAAGUAAGAGUACCGCGGUCAUCUGAGGGCAGAUUGUCUCCCCGCUUUGACUUUCGUGGUCAAAUGAAUAUGAAUCUUGCUGAACGGAUGCAAUUGUGGUCUCCGCAUGAGAACUAA